GAUCCACUAGCGUAUGUGCACAUUAAGCAAAGCCCAGAGGCAGCUGAAAAAUUAGCUCAAACAAAAUCAGCAAGUGAGCUCCUAGAGCGAUAUCGACACUCUCUCGUCGUAAUUCUUUGUCCGCUUGCUUCUCCGACUGACGAUGGCUUCCGGAUGGUCCAAGACAGACAAGAGCAAGACAAGUUCACCAAAGUCCUCCGUGAGCUCCUCGAGAAAUGGGGAGUUCCCUACAUCUAUAUUGAUGAGCAAGACAGACAGAAACGUCUGCAUUGCUUGGAAAGAGCCGUCGAAAGAGCUCCAAAGGAGAUUACGUGUUAAAAACAUUAAUGUUGAUCAGCAAAUCUCCUCAGCAUCUAUUAAAUACUUGGACCAGACUAAUCGAAUCAUACACAGGUAUGGUAGUGACAACUUCCUCGUCAUAAACUUUGAGAGGAAAGUUGAAUCUGCCACAGUACGCAGCAUACUCAAUAAUGGUGUUUUGAUCAAUGGUGACGAGUUUCACUUCAUCGGUUGCAGUUCUGGAGGGUUGAAGUCACGAACAUGCUACCUGUUUAAAGACUCACAAAGUGCCGUUAAAAGAAUUUGGGCGGAAUGUGGAGCAUUCUCUUCAAUAAAAUCACGAUACAAACGCCUCAAGAGAAUUGGCCUCUUAUUUUCUUCAGCCAUUCCCACUGGUAUUGAAAUACCACUCUCUGCAGUAACUGAGAGGCCUGAUAUCGAAUGUGCCGGUCACAAUUUUACCGAUGGUUGUGGAGCUGUCAGCUUAGAAUUAGCUCAAAAGUUGAAAGAGCAUUGCAUCGUAAGUGAAAAAUACGUUCCCACUGUUUUUCAGAUCCGAUAUCAAGGCUGUAAAGGUGUGGUAGCACUAGACAAAAGUUUGAAAGGAACUGAAUUUGUGAUUAGACCUUCCAUGAAGAAAUUUAAUGCAGGUACGAAACCUUUCAAUGAAAUAUGGUUGUGUGAUUACUCUCGCCCGUAUAUUUUUGGUAACCUCAAUCGGCAGUUUAUCACCCUUCUCUCUAGCCUUGGUGUCAAAGAUGAAGUAUUUCUUCGUAUCCAAGAUGAGCAUUUUCAACUGGUUGAGAAUGUAACCAGUAAUGUAGAAGCAGCUUUUCAGAUGUUGCUCUUUGAUAACCAAACAGACUUAGCAAUGGCUUGCACACAUCCAGACUUUCUCAAUAAAUAUCAAUCUGAGUUAACAAAACUAAAAGCCAAAGCUCUAACAAAGCUUGAAAAAUUACGACUACCAAUACUAAAAUCACGUAAUAUUUUUGGUGUGUGUGAUACAACGAAUACGUUGAGGUAUGGACAGUGCUAUUGCCGAUUCACAGAUAAAGGUCAAUUUAAAACUAUUUGUGGGAAAGUUGUGGUGGCAAAAAAUCCAUGCUACUUGCUGGGAGAUGUACGAGUGCUUACUGCUGUGGAUGUUGAAGGGCUUGACCAUUUAGUAGAUUGCAUUGUGUUCCCUACACAAGGUGAGCGGCCACACCCAGCAGAGAUAGCUGGGUCAGACUUAGACGGUGAUCAAUAUUUUGUCUGCUGGGACGAAGGUCUUAUACUUCCUAAAGUCCACAAGCCUUACGAUUAUCCCUCUGUCGAUGCCAUUGCAACCGGUGGUGAAAUUACACCUGAAGUUUUGAUUGACUUUUUUGCUAGCCAAAGAAACAGCAUGGGGAAAAUUGAUGCCUAUUAUAAGUAUUGGGCGAAUAUAAAAGGUGCUGGGUGUACAGAAUGUCAAACUUUAGGGAAGCUGUUUUCAAGAAGUGUUGAUGCAACAAAAACUGGUGACGCUGUCUCUGUACCGCCUAAUCUAAUACCACCUUUAGUACCUGAAAGUGUCAUAGAAGAUGCCACAGGGGACAAAGUAUGUUUCGUGUGGGAAGUAAUGGAAAAGCGUGCUGUCGAGAAGAAGAAACAACUUAGUCAGGAGGUUGUAUUACAAGCAGAAACAAAUGUUCAACUUCUAACAGAAGAAUUCAUUUACAGCUUGCUAGACAUGGAGAUCGGAAUCCCUAACAUAACAGAGUUUCAGCUAUUAAAGCUCAUUUAUCAAUGGUGUAACAAUCAGUAUUCAUCGUCAGAAUCUGAAGCACAUCGCAAGUUCAAAGAGUUUUCAAUGCACAUAAACUUCGGUGAAUUAACUCUCGAACAACAGGUGUCUGCUAUUGACUUUGGUAUCCCUCUCAAAGAAGUGACUAAUGCUCUUAAUCACUCGUCCCUUUCACCUAACCUAGUGACAAAGUUUUCUCUCGAUAACCCUCACCGAAAUUGGCGCUUUUACUUCAGGGCAACUUCCGCAGAUUUCAAAUGGAGAAACCUGUUACAUGGUAUUCAGAGUUACCACGAAUCUUUGUUAAUCAUCAAACUUCCUGAAGAGGUCACGUUUGUAAUUCAUUUCCGAUCAAAAAUCAAACCAGGACAAACAGAUCUCGAUAGUGAUUCUGUAGUGGUGUAUUUUUCCUCCAGCCAUUUCAACUUGAAUUUACAGUGUGCGUUAGGGUCCGACUUUAAAGUAAUUCUAGAUGAAGAUAAAUUGCAACUUUUUCGUGAAAGUAUUGGAGCAACUUUUAUUUGGCUAAGUCAAGAACGUGCACCAAAAAAGACAAGAACACUCGGAACUCAAAAGCCACCAGUUCCAGACACUCUCUUUGAUCGCAUCAGUGUUGAUUUAACACGAUUUAAAAGUGAUGUGCUUCGAAUCGAUAAUCACCCAGUUGUCAAUAAGCAGUGUUUUUUGAGUAUUGAGAUGUUUGUCAAAACAGAACCACAUCUCCCUGCAUACCUCGAAUACAUUGAGGUGGACAGUCCUAAUGAUUUUCCUGUAGAAGAAGAAUUCGCAUCAACUGAUUAUGUUGACAAUCUUCCCACUGAAAUAACGGCCAAACAAGAACACAUGUUUGUUGAUGGCACUGACCACCAAGAUAGUAGCCAGGAUGAUGUCUUUACAGUCUUAGCUCAAUGUGCAAGUAGUGGACAUCUUCACUGUUUUCUCCUAACUCUGAAACGACAUCAAACCAAACAUACACCAAAGAUGUCUGACCAGCUCCUAACUCAUUUUAAUGAGUUGCUAGCCACCAUAGUGAACAAAUAUGGUCAUGAGAGUCUCAUAGAUAAAGUUGAAGAGACUUUUUGUAAAAUAUUUUCUUCAAUCUGCUCAAACAAGGUUACCCCUGUGACAGCUCUACAGCUAAUCAGCAAAGUUGCUCAGCUUAGACUAUUUAAACUGAUGGAAAGAAUUUUUGUUUCAAUGAUUUCACGUAUUCAAGCAACUGAAGUAUCGAACUAUUUUGACGUCAUUGGCAAUUGGGAGAUGUGGUAUUACAUCCCUUCAAGCUUUGCUGCUAGACUGUCUGAUCAUUUUUACUCCCUCUUUUUAUCUCUCUGUGAUGCCUCUCCUAAUAUACAAGAAGCAACGAGCAUGCCUUCAUUGAAUCUUACGGAGAUAGCUAGUGACCCAGUGAUCAAGCCUUCUCUCAAACAGCAAGAAGCUGAUAAAUACUCACUCCAUUUCUCUCAUUUGAUCCACAGCCACCUUAUGUGUGAGAUGUGCAGCCUUAAAGAGAAGCAAGAAGAACACUGUGACUCCGUUACAACUCUUGUACGAAUGAGAUGUUAUGACUAUGUCUCACCACAUGCAGACCAUGAAAAAGAAGAUGAAAGUUCGUCCCUGAAAAUUGGAUUUAAUAGACCGGACAAAGGCAUUUCGUCUAAAAGCUUUACAGUUGGAAGUUUUGUUUCAAUUAGUAUCAUGAGCAGAUGCAAAGCGUCGUUGAAAGUAAGCUCAAAAGCCAUUGCUAUUGGCCAUGUAGUGAAGGUUUCAAGGCAGCCUGCAGAUAUUGUGAUAGAAGUUCAUGAGCCUGUUUCUGUCUGUCUCAAGAAAUGUGCACAAGGGGGAAUUGGUCACUGGGAGUUAGCACUCAUUGGAAACAUCACACUGUAUAGAAGAUCGUUAAAAGCAUUGAAGGAAAUUGAAAAAAACUCAACAUCAAGCAGCCUGUUUCCUUUACUGAUUCUUACCCAUAAAUGUGUGAGCCCUAAAUUAGAUGGUUUCAAAGAAAAGAAAUUGUCCUUAACUGCUUUUUCAGCUAAGCAUUCACCUCAGGCUAUUCCAGAUUUAAAUCAAAAUCAAAUGAAGGCCGUUUAUGCUGCUUUAAACCAAAGACUAACUUUAAUCCAUGGUCCACCUGGUACAGGUAAAACACAUGUGGCUUGUGCAAUUAUUCAAGAGCAUUUAGCUAGAACCAAGAACCAACCAGUGCUUGUCGUAGCAGAAACAAACAUGGCAGUUGAUAAUUUGUGUGAGAAGCUGCUAAGCAGAGAUAUUCGUGUCAUUCGAAUAGGAAAUCUUGAACAUAUAUCACAUCAUGUUCGUGCCAUUUCUGUUGAUGGUCAAAUCGAAAAGAAGAGAAUUCAAGAAGGAAAAGACAAGAAGAGAUCUCAAUUUCCCAGCAAGACAGAGAUUAAACCCAUUCUCAAAGCUGCUCAGGUAGUAGCUGCAACUUGUACCAGUGCUGGAGACCCAUGUUUAAAAGGAAUGAAGUUCCCCAUCGUGAUUGUUGAUGAGGCCACUCAAGUUACCGAACCCACUUCUCUCAUUCCCCUCACAUACGGGUGCCAGCAACUAACACUUAUUGGAGACCCUGAACAACUGGCACCUAGUUUGAUGAUACAGCGUGACUCUGAGUUUAAAGUUGACGAGUUAUCAGUGACUAUUUUUCAUCGCCUUCAAAAGCUUCUACCUCACAAUUCCGUCUUUUUGAAUGAGCAGCAUCGAAUGCACCCAAAAUUAGUGGAAUUUCCUUCUACUAAAUUUUAUAGUGGAAAAUUAAUAACAGCUGAGAGCCGGCUAAAACAGAAAUCGGUAUUUCAGGAAAGCAUAUCAUUUAUUGACGAAUCAAACCCUAAAGUUUUUGUUAAGUGCAACGAACGUGAAAGACGUAUUGGCACAUCAUUUUGCAACCCAGCUGAAGCACGGAUUGUCGCUGAUAUGAUUAAGUGUCUAAUUGACUUUAAGAUUAGUACGCAGCAGAUAGCAGUUCUCACACCUUAUUCAGGACAACUAAAAUGCCUCCAAAAUGAAUUCGAAACCCAAAAGAUCAACCAUGUUAAGCUCCACACAAUCGAUUCUUUUCAAGGAAGAGAGGCAGACAUUGUAAUUUUCAGUAGUGUUCGCUGUAACUCGGCACACGAGCUUGGUUUCAUGGAUGAUCAAUACCGAAUCAAUGUUCUUCUAACCAGGGCCAGGCAUUGUGUGAUAGGUAUUGGAAGUGUUGAAACACUGGCAAAUGGUUCUCAGUUGUGGAAGGAUUGGCUGUCAAUGAUUAAUAAAAAGAAUGUCAUUGAAAAGUCUGAUUUGAGUAAGAAUAAGAAAAAAAAUGACCGACGUCAGCAAGCAGCUCCCAUUUCUGAACCAAAUCAAAAACAAGCAAGCAUUUCAAAAAGUAGCUUUGAUCAUGAGGCUAAACACAAAGUACAUCAAAGGGAAGCUCAUCAACACCGUGGCAGACGUGCUGGUAGGAGUCAUUCGUCGUCUAAUCGCAUAAAAAGGGACGACCAUGACGGAGUUGCUUACGAUAGCUAUCGUGGAAAUCGUCGUGGAAGAGGAAGAACGUCAUCAGAUCAUAGACGAACAGAUCAUGAAGACAGGUCCAGAUAUCGUGGGAGGCACCAUUCCCCUCAGGCAUUUGGUUCUCCAGAAAGGGACCACAGAGACGAUUUUGAGGACAGAAGUACUGGUACACGUAGAAGAGGCAAGACUCGGGGUCACUACAGACCAGCGGAUCACUGA